GUGACGUUGUCCGGACGCGAUCGGACGGUGUCACGAGGAGGUCCUCCACGUGCCGGAGAUCCGACAACCGGGCACACUCAAACUUGUUUCAUAAACGGAUGUCGGCGCCUCCCAUCGGUGCGGUAGGUAGCAGACAUACGGGCGCCUUGCGAGGGGGCAUUCUGUGAGGAUCCGAGCAGACGUACGGACGUGUGAAUAAGUCGGGGGGAUUGCGACGAUCCUCAAACUACAAACCAACCACAACAACAAGGUAGUCUUCCUAUUUUACAUCAUCAUCAACAACAACAACAACUGCAUUUCAUUUUUGGGGGUACUUGUUGUCAAGAAGAAGACUGCAGAGUUUGUGUUCGAAGAGUGGGGCCGACUUUCCGUGAAUCGUGACCAAUAAGACACAGAAAAAAAAAUAUAUAUAGAAAAUGUUUGCUGCUGCUGCACGCACACACGCAGCACGCAACAGAUAGUAAAGUUUACAUAUACACACACACACACAUAUACGAAAGCAUCGAGUGUAUUAUCGUAUUGAGAGAGUGCCGAAGAUUUAUUAUUUACUCUUGUUGUUCGAACGCGAGUGUUCCCGGUUUCUUUUCAUCUUUGUUGGGUCAGCGCGAGACCCGGUGGUGCCUUCAAAUGGUUGUGAUGGCGCACGGUGUGAACGCGGAGAUGAAGCGGAGCGGGAAGGGAGGAGGAGUAGGAGACGCGAAGACGGGGAUCGGGUCGAGGAGGAUCUUCCCGCCGCACUUCAAGCUCCAGGUGCUGGAUUCGUACAGGAAGGACGCUGAUUGUAAGGGAAAUCAGAGGGCGACGGCGAGGAAGUACGGGAUACACAGGAGGCAGAUCCAGAAGUGGUUGCAGGCGGAGGGCAAUCUGAGGAACAGCGUCGUCAUGGUGUCUGCGAAAGCUGCGACCGGAUUAGGAGGUGCCGCCUCCGCCGCCGCCGUUGCUGCUGCUGCUGCUGUCAUCGGUGUUGGUGUUGGUGGUGCGGAGAGCGAGGCGAGGAAGUGCGGGCACGUCGAGAUGUCCUUGAGCCGCAGACAGCGCGACGACGCGCCGCUCGACUCGUAUCCACCGCAGCAGCAAACGACAGCAGCCUCCAGAGUUCCGGCACUCAGCCCAUCAUCGUACUCCUCUUACCAAGAGAUUGCUAUGACGACGACGACAACAACGACGAUGACGACGACCAUCAUGAGCGACGACAACAAUCAUUGGCAACCCUUGGACUUCUCCACGCAAUCCCGAGAAGCGCCCAUCGACCUUUCCCUCAAGAGACCCACGCCGAGUCCGUCGCCCGCGACCUCACCUCCACCCAUCUACGCGCCUACUGCGACCUCCUUGCCGCCCCAGCAUCCCGACAUCUGGGACCUCUCCACCAAACCGAAACCCACCAAGCUCUUCAAACCCUACGACCUCGACGACUUCCACAACAACAAUAACAACAACAACAGCAGCAGUAACAACUACAAUUACAACGACACGUACACGCUGCACGAGCUGAGGCCUCACAUCUACCAAUGCUACCAGACCUCCUAUCCGCACAUGUACUACGAAGACCAAACGCACAUCCUGAAGCAGCGUCACAGCUACUCCCUGGACUUCAAGCUCAACGCCAUCGAGUCGUACUAUCAGGACGACAGCUGCAAAGGCAAUCAACGGGCGGUCGCCUCCAAGUACAACAUCCACCGACGGCAGGUCCAGAAGUGGCUCAAACAGGAGGACGAACUUCGACAGAGGAACGACCACGCACACACCGUUAGGUAGAACGUACCAUAUCCAACACAUAUCCAUAUUAUUAUUAUUACUACUAUUAUUAUUACUGUACAU